UAGUAGUAUACCAUAAACCAUACAAUGAAGCUCUUAACCACUGAAGAAAAGGAAGCCCACACAUCCCAUGUGAUUGCCGAAGGUACCAAAGGAUUAGUCUACGGUGCCUUGGUAUCCGCCGGUAUAUUCACAUACUUGAAGAAGAGACACCCAAUCAAGUACGCUCGAUUCAACCCAUCCAUUAAGACCUGUAUCUUCAUCAUGCCCACCAUUUCGAUCGCUGCAUUCUGGGCUGAUCAGGGAUCAUGGGAAUUUGAUCAAAAAAUGCAUCAAUCGGAUUACCACGAAGCUAAAAUGAUGGAAGAGUAUCGUGAAUGGAAUAGAUUAUCUUUGGCCAAUAAGAUCUUCACCGUGUUGAGCAAUAACAAGUAUCAGAUAAUUAUCGGUGCUUGGGCCGCUUCAAUGUAUGGUUCUUGGGUAUUUGUUAAUAGAGACAAGAUCAUGUCGACUACUCAAAAGGCCGUGCAAGCAAGAAUGUACGCUCAGGGUAUAACUGUUAUUUUGUUGUUGAGUACUAUCUUGUUGGCUAUGAAGGAACAAGAGAUUGAAAGUGCUAAACCACCACCAAUUCCUCGUUGGAAGAGAAUUAUUAUGGAAAAGGAAGCUGAAGAAAAGCAAAUUCUUAGAGAGUAUGAAGAAAAGAAGAAGCAAGAAGAGGCCGCUAGCAACGUCUAAAUAGUUCAGUUCAUGUAUAUAGUAAAUUUAUUAUCCUAUG